AUGGCGUGCAGCUUCUGCGGCAGCAAGGACCACGAGGGCGGCGACUGCGACCAGAUCGACAUCCCCGAGCGUCGCCCUCGCUGUCCCCCGGAGCUCCCAGUUCUGGAGCGCGACGUCUUCCCCCCGCAGCCGCCGCUCAUUGCCACCCCCCCGACGCCAGCGUACCAGGGCUCCCCCACCAACACCGCGGUCCAUGAGCUCCUCAGUUCCUUGCUCGCGUCCGUCCCUGGCGCGGCCGCGAUGUUCCCACUGCCGCAAGGCGCACCGCUCGCAGCUCCACGGGUGCCCGAGGCCCCGGGCCCAGACCUGUCAGCCUCCACACCGGACCAGUUCCGGCACCUUGUGGGCAAACUCUCGGACGAGGAACUGCUCCAGCUCGUCCACGGCGACGACGCCACAGCGGUCCGACUUCAGAAGGCGGCAUACGGCGUGCCGCCGCACCUGUCCCCUGACCUCUGCUUCGAGGACCCCCGCUUCAAGGAGGCCCGGGCCAUGUGCAACGUCGAGAUGAUGCGGCGCUGCAAGAGCCUUUGCACUCCGAAGACCCGGUCGGCCCUCACGGACAACCCCGGCGAAUACGUCCCGUAUGUCAUGAGGGCCCAGGCGCGUCGCAAUCUCCAGAAGGUCGCGCCCCUCAUGCCCUUUGAUUGCGACACGUUCAACUUCAACGUCUUCCUCACGUGGCUUACGCGCAACUCCCCCUACACUAUGAAGAGGGACGCCCUGCCGGAGAUGAUCUGCAAGGUCGCGGCAUCCAUCGCCGACGAGGGUCAGGCCCACCUCGAAUCUGGCCCGGCCUCUGCCGAGAUGCAGCUAAUCCCGGCCUCCACUAUCCGGGCACUCGCGCAAGGCUGCGUACAAACACCAGCUCAGGCCGCGGCGGCCGGCGCGGCGGCCGUGCCAGGCCAGGCCCCAGCGGAGCCUCUCCCGAUCACGUUGGAGGACCUCAAGAACUACUCGUUCGACAGGCUUCACGACCGCAGCGGCACUCGCACUCUCGACUGGGCGCUCGAGGACCGCGCCGUCACGGCGGAGGACCCAGCAACGCUUCGCAAGAAGUUCGAAUCCUACCAUGCAGCUUUCAAAACACUGGCCCUUAAGGCCAAGGGCACGGGCCAGGGCAAGGCCAAGUCGAAGGAGGCCGGCGACGUCUUCAAGCGCAUCUCCGAGGCCUUGGGCGUCAAGUUCGACGCGACCAGGGUCUCCCGGAGCCCGCGCGACCGCAAGCUCAUCAUCGCGGGCCUCGCGCUCCUCCAAGAUUGCCUCCUACACCUCUACUCGUUCGCUGGCUCCCUCCCCUGGGACUGCAUCUUCGUCCUCCACCGCCUGGGUUUUGUCCUGGCCAGGCACUUCCUCAUGGCCACCACUCACAAAUUCUACGCCCGCAUCCGCCUGCUGGCCGCUACGCUUCCGGGAGCCACCUGGCCUCCCACCGAAGCCCUCAUGGACGCCCCAUUCGUCGUGUACUUAAUGUGGAGUCCCUGGCGGCGCCUGUUCUACAUCGGGAAGACCAUCUACUACAAGGAACGCCUUCGCAAACACCUCUACGCCUUCCUUCGCCCUUCAAACGACUCCCAGCAACCCUACAUGGCAUACCUCCGGCACUGCUCCGGCGGCGACGCCCCAUCAGCAGCCGCGUCAUGGCUCUACCUCCCCAUUGCCCGCUUUUCCUCCGACGCCGCCGCUUCGUCCUUGGAGCGGCAUCUCAUUGACGUUGAGCAUCCGCGCCUCAACGAGCCCCACGUGCACCGCCUCCUGGCCCUGUGCGGCCCCGCGUCGGCACCCGUCCAAUGGAGUGCCCGGGGAACCCGCAUCUCUGCUGCCCCCCCAACAGCGCCCGCCCGCUUCACGCAGCGCCGUCGCCACGGGCAGGACGUGCGACCCCGUGCGGCCGAAGCCCGCCUCGCACUGUCCGAGUCGGGUCAGUGCCUUUCGUGUUCCAUCACAAGGUGGGCGCAGCUCGCAUGCAACACGCUCCCGGCUGCCGAGGCCGACCAGGGGCAUUCUGAGCUCUAUCGCCUCACGUCCACAGAGCUGUUCGCAGUGUGGCGCCGGAUCCAUCGCAGCCAGGGCGGUGCCACCAAGGCCAUCGGCCUGCGCGCGCUGGACCGCAUCCGGCGCUUCCGGCGCUGGCCCAAGCCGCGUCUCUGCGUGCAAGGUGCCGCGCCAUGGCUUCCAGGUGCAAGUGCGCGGACGCUUUUCCGGGACCUCAUACACCGCAUCAUCGGCUACGCCAGGGAGCACGGCCAGGUGGCGAUGAUUCCAGCGAUCCGCGACUUCCGGAUUAUGCUCACGCCAUCCAGCUGCCUCACGUUGCGCUCUGCACUGCGCAACGCCCCGCGGUACUACCGGCAGCUCGGCACUAAGGACGCAUGGCCAUGCGCGUGUCACCUGCACCCGGAUUUGCCCCGGUACCCGUCGCCAGAUGGUGCGUCGCACAUCUUUGCGCCUCAGGACACUUGGGCAUGGCCGGCGCACCUUCAGCAGCUUCGCUUCCUCCCGGCGCACACGAGUGCCGCACCUUCGCGGGCUAUGUUCUUCACAUCGUGCAAUAGAGUCCUUCGACGGGCCUGUCGAGCUCUGGGCCUAAACUGUUCGGACGCCACCCUCGCGCGCUUCACGGAGGAGGCGCUCGACACCGUCGACUUCGGUGGCAUCCCGCAGCAGGUGGACUUCCAGCCAAUCGACCACGGGGCCAUCGCCAUUGGCCGCCGGCUCACCCGUGGGCUCGUGGUGGAGGAGUUCCAGAAAUCGAGGCACGUCCUCGUCGCCGAGUGCCCGCGCCGCGUCCAGCUCCUGUGCCACGGGCUCUUCGGCGUAGACGGGUCUGACCCCAGUUUCGAGUACUUUCCAGGUCUGUCGGCCAGCUGGGUGCUACAGCAGGCUUCCGUUGUGGUGGGCGUCCGAAAAUGCGGGAGCGACAUCACGAAUUGCUUCUCCAACAUUCCCCACCCGCUGGUGCGCAGAGCGUGGCACUACUACAGGUCCGUGCUAACCGCGCUGGACAUCGUACUCAUCUCGGCCCCCCGCCGGCGCGGCCAGGGUCGCUGUCUACCACACGCGGCGCCGCCAUCUUCGCGACAGUACCUGGAGUUCAACCUCGCAGACAUGGAGGCGUCCAUCGAGCACAGUCUCAAACACUUGUGGCUCGCCGUCGGAUCCCUGAUCGGCCGCGCCAUCGACGGCCUUGCCAUGGGGAGCUCCCUGGCCGGAGCGCUCACGCGCAUGGUCCUGGUGUACGCGGACGUCACCUUCCACGCGUCGCUCUACUCGUCUGUUCCGCCCCCGCCGGCCUCGCGAGGCAGGGUCCGCUAUGUCGACGUCCUCGGCGUCCAGAUCCUCGUCCUGGAGUCGAGGUACAUGGACGACUACAUCUGCAUCUGGAAGGGCCCGCCGGGACUGCAAGAAUCGCUUGCCAGCCGGAUUGCCUCCGUCGUCGCGUCCUGGCCAGGGCAGCGGUACCCGCUGCCAAGCGAGCCCGACCAGGGGGACGUCAUCACGGGCAUGCGCCUCGCCCUGCUUGACAACGGCACCGUCGCCACGCGCCCGGCUUCAGUGGACCCGCCGGGUUACGCGGGACACUUCGAUUACCCACCGUUCCUGCACUACUGCAGCUUCGUCCCGGUCCACAUCAAACGCGCAAUCGUCCUGGGGGCGGUAGCCAGGGUGGACCGCUUCACCACCCCCGAAGAGAACAAGCCAGAGGCACUCCUCGAGCUCGCUCGCGCUCUCCUGGCCUCUGGAUUCCCUGCAGUUUUGAUGAGCCGCUGGAUGUUGAGCCGCCGGGGCGCCAGUACUCCAGGUUGGUUGCAGCGCGCGUGCUUCCAGAUAGCGUCGCUCGCAGCAGGAACCUAG